GCCGAGGCAGUGCCCUCCGCGCCCACGCCGGCGGAACGCUCGCGCGCCAGCGCCGGCGCGGAGGGGCCGGCGGCGCCGACGGUCUCCUUGCCGAGCCCCCGCGAGGCCGCCGACGAGCGGCUGCCCGGGGACGCUCGGCCGCCGCGGGAGCUGAGCGAGGACAGCCCCGGCCAGCGCGCAGGGGCGCCUGACGGCGGCAGGUGGCCCAGCCCGCAAUGGCAGGCGCGCACCCCCGGCCGCGAGGCACCCACGCCGGGCGCCGGCGCGGGACCUCCUGUGCGCGAGGCGGCGGCGCUGGGUGCCGGCGUGGGCCCUUUGGAGACCCCGUCCAUCGUGGACGAGGACGUCGCCGAGUGCGCCCAGGAGCGCCACCCCUUCCCGCGCUCUCCCGCGGGCAGCGAGCCUGCCGCGAACGACGGGCCCGCCCACGCGCUCGCGGCCGCGCGGGCGGACCCCGUGGAGCUCGACAGCCUGGGCGACGCGGAGGAGCGGCGCUCGUCUGCCUCCUCGUCGAGCCCGCCGUGCUCGCAGCUGUCGGCCCUGUCUUCCUCGUUCU